AUGUCUGCAACUCCGCGAAAACCCACUGCGCGUAAGACUGUUGUUCCUGUUGUUCGACAACGCAGAGAGUUGGCAGGGUUGCCGUUUGGAUAUUCACCCGAAAGUGAUGAGGCGCAGACAUCCAGCAGAGUGACUCGAGCACGAGUUUCUCGCCGUACUUCCUCGCAGCCAGCGUUUUCUGCUCAACAAGCAGGACCAUCUGGGCGUGUUGCCGCGCCAAAGAGUCCUAAGCCUUCUACUGGCCGUGGAGCAGAAGUUUCAGCAGCGCUGCGGCGUCGUUAUCGCGAAAGUGAGCGUCGUGCCAUCGCCCGCCGUGAUGCAACUGUGGUAAGCCGUGGAAACCGCCGUGGCAAGUUUCCUGCUAAUCCUGACGUGGAGAUUCGCCAGCCUUCUCCGAAAAAACCUGCGAAACAGCAGAGUAGCCCCUCACGACAACUGGGCAUUCCAGAUCUUACGGACGAAGAGCCACAAUCGUCUGAAACUCCGUCAGUACGAGCACAGCGAGACGAUGAACAUCUGAAACGUGGUGGGAUUUUAUAUGUGCCGUACAAUCCAAAGGCACCGCGUCCGGUGUAUAAGACCAAACAAACGGCCCGCAAGCGCUCGUCCUCAGCAGUGUUUCCACGAAUGGUAAUGGCCAACAAGAACGAAAUUGGCAACCGUCAGCGAGCGGAUGCGGUCUCACGCCAAGCGGCUGUUGUGUCAGCAGGUGUGAAAGAUGCCGAAUCUGAACCAUCUACUUCAGCUGGACCGUAUUACCUUCGCUCUCGUGGUCAAAAGCGCAAGUACGAAGAGGUAUCUUCAUCGUCCUCGUCUGAGACCGACACUUCUUCAUCGGACGACGAUGACAGUGAUGAUCCUGCUGCGGCUGUGUCCGCCGACGAAAACGCUGACGAUGAAGCGGAAGAUGACAUGGAAAUUGAUGAUAAAAAUGACUCGGACUGGGAAGGGAUGGAUGUAGAUCCGUUGCCGUCUCUGCAGCCAGUUGUACCUGCUGUUCCGCCUGUUCCAGCUGUUGCUCAUGAGGAUUCGCCUGAAUUUGCGGAGCCGGCAAUUUAUGGUCAGCAGCAGCCGUAUUCAGCUGAAUUGUAG